AAAGCAGGAUGAGGAGUGGUUAAUUCUUGCCCACUUCCUGGUACCCAGUGCAGAGUGUCCAAGUGUCACUCUUUGGACACUGUGUUACUAUAUGUCACCACUAGAAUGUGAUAUUAUUAUUCCUGUGAAAGGCUGGGUAGCUCUAUGGAACUGGUGGCUCUCAUAUGUGGCCAGUACUAGCAGAAUAAGGAUGGAAAAAACGUAUCAGUUUGGAAAUCUGGCACUUGACCUGGACAAUAAGCACAGAGUGACCAAACCUGUGGCAAAUGUGAGAUGCAAGACAUGUCCCAAGCAGGGGAAAACAUGCCUAGACAUCCCUGCUGCUGCUCUCCUGGAAGGCAGAGAGCACAUCUGUGAGGUGGUGGUCUUGGGACACAGCCAUGGAUUGACAGAAGAACCACUCAGGAGAAGGAAUGAGAGGGGGAGAACAGCACUUCCCAUACCAGUUAUAGAACUGUCACUGCUGAAUGAUUGGCGGAGGAGGUAAAAGAGGCAGAUCCAGGGAACAACCUGAUGCUUGUCUAAGUGACUCAGGACUCUAUUCCUCAGAGUGACCUACUCUUACAGUGAUGAUGGGGCAGAGUAUUUAGAGGCUGACUUGAUGAAAUCACAGGUCCAAACCAUGAAUUACGUUGGACAGUUAGCAGGGCAAGUGUUUGUGACUGUGAAGGAGCUCUAUAAGGGUCUAAACCCAGCCACGCUGUCAGGAUGUAUAGAUAUAAUUGUUGUACGCCAGCCAGAUGGAAAUCUUCAGUGUUCCCCUUUCCACGUUCGCUUCGGGAAAAUGGGAGUUCUACGUUCCAGGGAGAAAGUGGUUGACAUAGAAAUUAAUGGAGAGGCUGUAGAUUUGCACAUGAAACUGGGAGACAAUGGGGAGGCCUUUUUUGUGCAGGAGACGGAUAAUGAUCAGGAGGUGAUUCCUUAUCAUCUCUCCACAUCUCCCAUUCUGUCUGAGGGGACUGCCUUAAUGGAAUCCCAGCUGAAGAGGAAUUCCGUAGACAGGAUACGAAACCUGGACACCAGUGCAUCCUCACAAGUCCCGCCCCAAGCCCAUGGAUCCCAGCCUUCUACUGAAACAUCUCCAGUCUGUAGCUCCGUGAAAAAAAGGAGAAAGAAGAGGAGGAAGUCAACUCAUAAAUUAGACAGCUUAAAAAGAGAAGACACACAUGGAGACACAUCAGAAGAUGAAGACAUGUUUCCCAUAGAGAUUAGCUCAGAGGAAGAAAAAGAGCCAUUGGACAAUUCAAGGGUCCCUGUUCCAGAUGUGUUUGUUGAUGAUGUAUCUGACAUAAAGGCUCCUGCAGUUUCUGUGCUUUCUCAGUCUGCACCUUACCCUCAUUCAGAUGGAGAAUGGUCCCCUCUUCAAAGCCCAUCAGACUCACGUCCUCCUACUCCUCAAAGUGACUCAGAAUUAGUCAGUAAACCUACAGAUAGAAGUGGACUGAAGGAUAAUCCCCACAUGCACUGGGCAUGGGGAGAGCUACCACAGGCUGCAAAGGCCAGUUCUCUGCUCAAAGCAAAGGAACCCAGCAUGGCAGAUGUAAAUCCUUCUGAAAACACUCACUUUCGGGUCAUCCAAAGUUCUCCUGUAGAGGAGUUUAACACAGUGUCUCCUCUGCCUGCCCUUGGACAAGCAGAUGCAGCAACUGCUGAUGAAAAUGAGCCCUUACCAGCUGAGACAAAUAAGCCAGAGACAGAGCUGCCAGGAGCAGCUGAACCCCCAUUGCCUGCAAAUGAAGAAAUAAAGCAAGCUGCAGCUUGCUCAGCCCAGCCGACUGGCAAGACGGAUUCCCCUUCCAGAAAGAAAGACAAACGGAGCCGUCAUCUUGGUGCUGAUGGUGUCUAUUUAGAUGACCUCACUGACAUGGAUCCAGAAGUUGCUGCACUUUAUUUCCCCAAAAAUGGGGAUAACACCCAAAGCAAGAGCACGGCCGAUGUGGGGCCGCGGCCGGCCAGCCACUCUCCGCAGUCUGUCGGGAGCUCAGGUGUUGACAGUGGCGCUGAGAGCACCUCGGAUGGGAUUCGGGAUUUGCCCUCCAUUGCCAUUUCUCUCUGCGGAGGCCUUACUGAGAACAAAGAGAUAACCAAAGAAGAGUUCUUAGAACAUGCAGUAACAUAUCAGCAGUUUGUGGACAAUCCUGCUAUCAUUGAUGACCCUAACCUUGUGGUUAAGAUUGGAAAUAAGUACUACAACUGGACGACAGCUGGUCCCCUUCUGCUGGCAAUGCAGGCAUUCCAGAAACCUUUGCCAAAGGCAACUGUGGAAUCUAUAAUGAGGGACAAGAUGCCAAAGAAAGGUGGAAGAUGGUGGUUCUCAUGGCGAGGGAGGAACAGCACUAUUAAAGAGGAAACAAAGCCAGAGCAAGGUAUGAGUGAGAGUGGACUUACAGAAGAAUCUUCACAGAUGAGCAGGGCAAACAGAAUAAAAGAUGAAUCUUCUUCAAGUGAUGAAGACCCUAGAGCUCCCAAACAAAACCUCGGGUCAUUACAAACCAACUCCAGUCAUCUCUCAUUAUUGUCUGGAAUCAGUUACAAAAAAUCACUUCGACUCACUUCUGACCAACUUAAAAGCUUAAAGCUCAAGAAUGGCCCCAAUGAUGUGACCUUUAGUGUUACAACGCAGUAUCAAGGCACUUGCCGCUGUGAAGGCACCAUUUACCUAUGGAAUUGGGAUGAUAAAGUUGUUAUUUCUGAUAUUGAUGGAACAAUCACACGGUCAGAUACUUUAGGUCAUAUUUUGCCAACUCUUGGCAAAGACUGGACACACCAAGGGAUUGCGAAGUUGUACCAUAAAGUGAGCCAAAAUGGAUAUAAAUUUUUGUACUGCUCAGCACGAGCUAUUGGAAUGGCAGGCAUGACCAGAGGAUACUUGCACUGGGUCAAUGAAAGAGGAACUGUGCUGCCUCAGGGGCCAGUUUUGCUGAGUCCAAGCAGCCUAUUCUCAGCUCUUCACAGGGAGGUCAUAGAAAAGAAGCCAGAAAAAUUUAAAGUUCAGUGUUUGACAGACAUCAAGAAUUUGUUUUAUCCUAACACAGAGCCCUUUUAUGCUGCUUUUGGAAACAGACCUGCUGAUGUUUAUUCAUACAAACAAGUGGGGGUUUCUCUAAACAGGAUAUUUACAGUUAACCCCAAAGGAGAACUUAUACAAGAGCAUGCAAAGACAAACAUCUCAUCCUAUGUCAGACUCUGUGAAGUGGUAGAUCACAUUUUCCCUCUGCUGAAAAGAAGUCAUUCUUCAGACUUCCCUUGUUCUGACACCUACAGCCAGUUCACCUACUGGAGAGAACCUCUGCCACCAUUUGAAACUCAGGAUGUACAUCCAGCCUCAUCUUAACCCCAUCUCCAAAUUGUUGGUCUCACCUCAAAGAAUGGGUUGGCUUGUAUUGAAAGGACACCACUUGGCUUUUGCUGUUGACAGUUCAGUUGGAAUCUGUGAAGUUGUGAGCAUUGUAUUCUUCUGUUGUGAGCAAACUUAGGAAUGCUUUUUCAUACUUAGUUAGGUUUCUAGUCAAGAGGAGUCUUAUUAGGAAUAGGAGUUGCUUUUCUAGGUCCUCUCCCAGCUCCUCAAAUUUUGCCAUGCACUUUCAUUAUAUAAGGUUAAUUAAAAGUGCAGUGAUGUUGGAGUUGCAGGUAAACAUGCCAUAAGGUUGUGAAGUGAUUCCACAUCUGUUCUGCAUCACUGAAGCCAUCUUCCAUCCUGUCAGAACCCCUUGCCAGUAAGGGAGUUGAAGGUGCUCACCAUUCCUGACAUUAUCUGCUGACACAGACAGGGAUUGCAAUCUAUAUUUUAAAAUCCUUCUCUCUGAAGGAGCAAAUGAUUCUUCCCCUCUCCCCUUGCUUGACCAACAACUGUCUGUUUAAGGGUUAAUUGCUGGUCUAGAUCCUCAGCAGAUGUAAAUCAGUGUAGCAGUCAAAACCAAUUGAGCUGUGUUUGAUUUAUUCCAGCCUGUUUUGACAUGGGACAUUUCCGAGGAAAUAAAUUAUAUGUAUUCUAAAUAGAAAGUAAAUUAAAUAGGAUGGCCAGAUUCUUCCAGUCUUUCUGAGUUUGAGAACCGUCAUACUUCAGGAGUAGCUUUUUGGAUCAAGAUAAGUGUUCAAGUGGAAGAUACAGGCCACUGUGGAUAUUGCCCACCUUACUGAAGUGGGUGAUUUUCAGUAAACACAUCUUUCCCACAGACAGUGUGCUGAGGUUGAAGAUUUUUUACUGAGCCAAAAAUAGUAAGGAUUUUAUCAAAAUGAAAUAGUUUUGUUUGAAAUAUUAUUUUGGUUAAAAUGUGAAUUUUGAUGCUGGUGAAUGAUGCAUCUCAGGUUUUACUGUAUGGAUAUUUUUUGCUUUGUUUUGUAUCAUAAAGAAUGGAUACUUUUAGUGCAAUUUACUCUCCUUUAAGAUAAUGAAAUCUCCUGUUUUUUCUUUUUUUUCCAUAUUUAUCCAGACACAAGCUGUAGAUAUGGCUUUUGACAGCCUUAAGACUGAACUGUGUGCACUAAAAGCAAUACUGUGGAUCAGUUUAUUACAUUUUCCAAAUGGUCUGCCUUUACACAAUGUGGUACUUAAAAUAUGGACUCCAAGUGCCCACAUGCCAAAUGAUUUCAAAUGUGUUGUAGAUAGGAAAGAAUUUUUUUUUUCUUUUGGAAUAUACUGAAAAGUCUAAUUGUUCUCUGAAAUGCUAAAAAUGGCAUCAUGGGCUUCCCAUGUACAUUGUAUUUCAGUAUGACUACACUGGUGGUUUACAAGCUGUGGUCUCUGCCAGCUUGUGAUCUGAGGCUAUGGUAAGUGUUUUGCAGCUGCUUUGUAGUGUUUUCACCUAAGAAUUUAAUAACAGGAAGGCAGAGUGGUCCAGGAGAAAUUUUAAGAUGAGAUUAUGGUUGUUUAUCACCCCAAAAUUUGGAAAUGGCUGCUCUGUAUCACAUUUCUUUUGUAACAACAAAUUCUGGUUUUGCGUAUCAAGAGUGAUAGCAGUGUAGAUAGGAUGGUAACUCUCUGGUAGGGGUUUUCUAAGUUUUACUACUGAAGACUUUAUCUGGGAUCUUAGUGGGCCAGUUUAUGAUUUCUCUGUGCCUUCAAUCGUAAUGAGAACAAGUGCAAUGCUUUACGUAGCUGCAGUGUGCAGGGGAGAGCCCUCCCUAAGUCUUCCUUUCACGUGAAUGUUGCUACUUCAGGAGGGGUAAAUAUCUGCUUUGGACAUAUCAGGAUUAGACACAAAGAGGAGGAAAUGUGUGUUUGACGUUUGUUUGACAACCCAGAACUGAUUGUAUUCUCUUGAAAGUUUAAAGAAAAUGCAAAUAUCUUUUUACUUCAAGGUGUAAGAAAUAUGGGGUGGAUUUUCUGAAAGACAAUCAGCGGGGAUUAACAGAUUGCCAAACUGAGAUGGUUGCAUCUCUAAAUAUAGCUACACUUUCCUUUAAUUAUCUAUUAAUACUUGUCAUUAAUGAUUGAAUAAAUGGAAAGAUGUACUAGCUGCAUCCUAUAUAUCCUAGCUGCAUCAGUUUUGGUAAAGGCCUAUUUCAAGCCAUUUAUUAUGUAAAAUAUAUAAAAUAAAACUAACCCUUCUCUUCAGUGAGAGGCUGUCAGUUUUGUGGUUUUUAUCCUUAACAGCAGUUAAAAUCUAUUUUCCCAAGAUGGUACACACAGCAAUUCCCACCAGAAAAGAUGGACCCUGAAAGUUCUCCACAAUUAAAGCCUGUGAUAUAUUUAUUUCUAACUUAAAUAGGCAAUCCAGGGUUGUUUCUUGCCUUUAGUAUUUAAAACUAAAUGAUAAUGUGAAUGAGGAACUUUUUUAAUUGUCAGAUUGUGGCCACAGUGCAGUGCUGGUACAGGUAACCCUGAGGUGCUGCAAAAUCUGUCCCAGAGUUUUUCAAGAUUUGGUUAAACAGGGUUAUGGCUGUCUUGAUCUAGUGUUGGUAUCCAUCUGCUUUACGGCUGAAGUUGGACUGCAUGACCUCCAGGGGUCCCUUCUGACCAACUUUUCUGUGAGUCUGUGACGUUCAGCGUUUUGCUUCUGAGUUCCUGCAUCCCCCUUUGUAUCUGAAAUUGAAAUAUAGCUGAACAGUGUCAGGAAUGUGUGUUGCUGUAACUUUUAUCAAAUUUACUGACAAAAAAGACACUUAAAUGAAAAUCAAGGGUUUGACCUGCUAGAAAGAUCACCAUACUUUUCCAGAAAGUAUAAGACAUUUUGAUUCGGUAGCUCAAUAAUUUUAGCAUAAUAUUUAAAUCUGCUUUGUUAAUUCGUGUAGAAGAAAAAGAUACGGUUUAAAAAAUUGCUACUCUUUCUGUGAAAGAAAAAAAUCAACCUUGCUUGCAGUGUAAUGCUGUUUUUUGUUACAGAAAGCAGAAAGAAUAUGUUAACAUAAGUAUGCAGACACAUUAAGUCACAGUAUAUUCCAUUCAUACAAUACACAGAAACUAGAAUAUGCAGCAGUGAGGAGUGACUGAUGUUUAUUUUCUUGAUGCUGAUGACCACACCACUCUAGCUGGGUCGUGGGAGGGAAAGAAUGUUGUAAUUGUGACAUUAGUUAUGCUGAAGAUAAAAUGUUACUGCUGUGAUUUGGGGAAGGAGGAGAAAGAGGUAUUGGGUACUUUUUAUUUGUAGAUAUGGUUUGUUAUUAUUUGAAAGCCUAUUUAUAUACAGUGUUUACUCUGUAUAUGUAUGUGCUACUGCAGUGAUGAAAAUAGUUUUAACACUUCAUUUUGAUCUGCUGAAUGCAACAAGAGUAGGAAUACAUAUUGUAAUAAAGGCGAAAAUAAAUUUUUUCCUGACUUUCC